AUGGAGAGUCUUGAGAGAUUGCAAGGUCUGUACCAAGAUCUCGUUGCAUUCUCCGAGACCAGACUUGCCAACAUUGAAAGGCUAUGGCUCGAAUUGGAGGCCUCGAUUGAGGACUUUCGGCAACUGCUGGACAAACCGCUGAAGAGCAAUGCAAGCCGCGAGUCACUUAUGACAGGCAAACUCAAGAUCAACGACGAAGAAUACGCAAUAAACGAGGCCUUCCAGCAGACAGCUCUACAAAUUGCAGAUGCUCUAGAUAUCGAUGAGUUGGAGGCAGCAAAACUUCUUCUGGAGGUGCAAGCAGAGAGCCAGCUACAAGGUCAAGCAUCUGUCCUUGUUGUAAUCACAAAUUAUCACACUCGACGCGAGUUGCUGGUACACGGUUUGAGACUCGUCCUCCGUGAGUCUCAAGAACAUGACGACGACGGCGGGCAGCAGAGUCGGAUGCAGGAUGUUGUGCUGCAUAUUCUCGAUAUCAAGGACGGGCCUCCAACCAACGGUUCUGCGUACACGCGGAAAUGUAUCAGUGCGAUGAACGAUAUUGAAAACUGGCAAAUCCGGGUUACUGAACAAGCACAAAAGGCCACAGUAUUAGGCUCUUCCCAAGGUCCGGAAGUUCUCGCCAUCCUGGAUUCGCAAAGAUCCAGUCUGUCUAAGCAGCACGAAGGGCUGGGAAGUUGUCUGUGCUACCUGUUCAAGGGAAAUUAUACUAUCGGCGAAGACUUGCGCAAACUCCACGAAGUCCCAAAACGUUUCGAUCGAAUAGAUGUGGGCCUAAUCCAUUACCUUCCUGCUUUCUAUGCGGCUUUUGUACAAUAUGGCUCGGUAGAGCGAGCGUCGACUUUUGAGGAAGCGCAAUCUCUGAACAAAGCUAUCAUAGCCGGUGAUUUAAGAUCUGUUCAUGCGUCAUUGCAGCCUUUCCAAGCUGUUCUCUGGCUCUGGUGGGUCUGUGAGUAUAGCAGUUGGCACCGCGAAAGUGGAAUUAAAGCUGCUCAAAGGUCCUUGGAUCACGAAGUAGAAGAACGAGCUGAUCUGGCGAGAGCCGCUUUGAACGAUGGAGCUCUUCAUCUUCUACUCUCUAUUUGCACAAGCAUGACCAACGAUGAGUGGCACCAUCCUGCGAGGCAGGAACUCGUUACACUUUUGCUAAGUGAUGGUAACUACUCAGCUCUUGAGGGCGAAUUGGCCUCUACGGUCUUCCAGAAUAUAUUCAUGGAGUGCCUUGAGUCCUUCUCCGAGUCCUGGAUUGCAAACAUGCCUGACAGUAUUCGACAGUUGAAGAAUGAUGAGGACGACAGGAGGCUACAGCACAUCACGGCAAUGCAGGAGGGUAUUGGUCCACAUCUGCAACGGGAUUUCGAUGUCCCCUUGCAUCUUGAAUGCUUCCUUGUCUUGAUAUCGUUCGCGUUCGAGCAUCGAACGGAAGCAGCGGAAGCAUUUUGGGCAGACCCCGACGGCCAUCUAUUUGGUUUUCUGCAUUGGGCUUCAAAACGGCAAACCGUGCCAAGAGCAAGUGCGUUCUGUGAGAUGCUCUGCUCCAUAUCGGAGGGCCAGGACUGUGCAGCGUAUGGACAUCGGUUCCUCCUGGAUGAAUCUGCUUCGUCCGGAAGAUCGAGAAAGUCACCGUCCAUGAACUACGCACAAAUGUUCGCCGAGUUGGAGCUCUAUGCGUCUAAGGUCAACGAGAGGUCAAGCUCCGCCCAAAGCGUCCCCAACCUUCGCAAAAUCCUACCAACAGAUAUGAAUGAGCUUGAAAGCCCAGUCAUGCUCUCCUGUUAUUUGCGUCUGAUAUCACAUAUGUGCAGGCAAUCAUCAGAAGCCAGGCGUUUCAUACUUGACCAUCCCUCCUUCAACCUCGUGCAGACUGUGCUGAUUCUGUGCUCUGGGCCAGUACCUAGCUAUCUGCGAGCGAGCAUUUUCAGUACUCUUCAGUCCAUCUUGGUCGCAAGAUCUACUGCGGAAGGACACUGGCUAUGGUCCAUUCUUGACCAGUGGGCAGCCAAUGGCGUCUCCGCUCUGACAUCGAAUCACGCAAAGUCCUCUCCGAGUAUGACCUCACCUACACAAUCACUGCGUCGGACUUUGGAGGCAAUCGCCACAUCAUUCGAUCAGUACAGCGCCUUCACGGUGCUUCUUCGUAUACUCAUAGCACCAUCUGUUGACCAGGCCCUUCAGAAUCCUCUCCCAUUUCCAGACGAUCUGGGUGCAACAUAUCGAAUGCCAGGCAUCGAACCAUACGUUGACUUUGUUUGCGGCACACUGUUCGCGAAGAAGUUGCUUGACUUACCAGAUGAGGCGCAGAUCAAGGUCUUUCGUUUCAACUGCCUUGAUUUUAUAGCAGCGUGCCUUGAAACUUUCAGGGAGAGUCUUGUGACUACAGCCAAUCAAUCCCGUCUCAUGAAUGGAGCUGAUGGUUUUGUGGUUGAUUAUGCUCAACGCCAUCCGUUCUCCCGAGUGAUGGAAUGGUUGUUCAACGAAGAGGUCGUCCGGGGUCUUACUGGUGCUAUGCAUCUGCAUUUCGAUGGGAUCGAAUCGUUGCCACCUGAUUCGAUUGAGAUUAUAAGUCUCCAGCGCUGCUUGGAUAUUUUCAACAUGGCAUUCGACCUGCAACCCACGUAUCUUGAGAUUGUGAGACCGUUGGUGAGGAAAAGCGGUCGUUAUACGCCUGUGGUAGCCUCGGCGAUCUCUUCACUUGAAGAUAUUAUUGCAGGUCAUCCUAAUAUCGUAUCGGAGGUUGCACAAUAUGCAGGAACCAGUCAUGACCAAAUUGUGCUCAGAUCACUAGCCCUCUUAGAGAAACUCUCCUGCUCUACAAAGCUAAACGCUCCAGUUGUCACAACAAGCGGUAAAAUGAGCAAAUCAAGAAAGAUCGUUGACAUGCUCGGCAACGAGGACAAUUCUGAUCUAGUGUCAAUGGCGCUUGCAGCCAGGAUGCAAGUUGACGUGCGCGAGCUUGAGAACGGGUCUGACUCAACCGGCUAUACCAUCAAAGAUGGUGUGCUCGAGUUUCUGAAUACCUGUCUGGCUACACAAUCAGAGCUUCCUGGUGUUGCACAUCUCUUCCUUGGGUUUACUCGGGUUGGUGAUUCCUUGGUCAUUCGACCCGGUAGUCCCAUGGAUGAUGGUCGUUCCCUGUGCAACGCAAUAAUAGACAUUGCUGAGAACUUCCCUGAUGGCGAAGAUAACACGUUCGUAGCCUGGCUGAUUCAUAUAAAAACGUCAGCACUUCAAAUUCUGCGUCAGCUUUGGACCUCGCCAUUAUCUUCUGCCGUGCUGGUAACGGAACUUCGCAGAAUUCAUUUCUUGCCGUCCCAAUUUGCCAAGCAGACUUUGAUAUCGCCGAAUACGCCAUGGAAUGGUCGUUUUCUCUCCGAUCCAGCAUUCUGGCUCGAAGACUCAGCAGAUGCAUUAGCAGAGUUUUUGGGAUAUCGAAACUUCUUAUAUGACUAUGCAGUUACUGAAACGAGGGCGGCGAUGCACACGAAGUCUACGCACCUGAGAGCUCAGAUACUUCUGACCCUGCAAGGUACUUCUGUAGAUCCCAUUUCUGGAACAACGAUAGCUCAUGCUUCCAUAUUCGAUUUGUUUGACUUCACAAACAUCGAUAUAGGGCGCCAACCGGACUUGCCAGAAUUACGCGCGCUUACAUUGCCAGAUCUGUCGUCUUGUAUCACUGCCUCUACGGACGAAUCCACAGUUGUUUACGAUUUGCAAGCUGUAGACGACCUUGUCCAGCUAUCAUUCACACCGUCAUCACAAGAAGGCCAAGCCAGAUCGUCCAAUGAAGAGGAGCAGAUGAAGGUGGAAGCUGCAAUCCUGCUUGAUUUUGUGAAAGCAUCAAAUCAAUGGACCCUUGUCCGUAUGGCGAGAAGGCAGGCAUUGCGGAUGUGGGUCGAAGUAGUCAUCGUCACCGUUCAAUGUUGGCCAACAGACUCGGCGGCUCAAAUACAAUUUGCCCUCAACGCAAUGCAACUGAUCACCCCCAAACUUGAUACCUACCUGAUUGAUGAACCCGAGGAGACUAGCGAGCUGCUCCGUCUUGCAGAUGUACUGGUCGCAUCAAUAGCAAGUACUCCGUCAUCAAGCAUGCACGGACGAAUGAGCACAGUCGCUAUCGACAGGCAGCUGCAGGUGUUUCGAAUUUGCGUUGGCAGUAUUUCUGCGCCAGGCAAAACACCGACGCUUCGUGGAUUGUUUUAUGGCAUCUGCGCACAAUACCUGAAUCAAGUCAAGACACUAUCAAAAAACGACAGUAAAGCCCGUCGUUAUUGUGCGGAUUGCAUUAAAGCAGCAGGUGUGCCGUUGAUCAACACGCUCUCCGAUGAUGCAGAAAAUGGACAAGAUAACUGUCGUCUCCCUGCACUAGUACUGCUGGCUCUUUUCACGGAUCUUACGAGGCAAGAAAAGUCAGCUUUCGUGGUUGACACCCUUGUCAAUAUCAACAUGCUGGAAGUUCUUCUCGACGGUGUCAAGCUGAUUGCUGAAGAUCUUCUAGAAGCGGAUAUCAAAGACCGCGCAUCCGUGAUCAAGGUACUGCAAGCAAAAUUGGCGUUGCUUUUGGAGAUCUCAAGGAGUCGCAAUGGUGCUGGACAGCUCCUCGACGCGGGCCUGCUGCAGGCAAUUAGGGACUCAAGGCUGUGCCAGGCCGAUCCUGACCUCGGAUUUGAUGUUGACACUUCUAUGGCACUACAAAUCUACUAUGAAUUGCUGUCUUCCGUGCUCCGUCUGCUGGUCUCGGUCUUCUUGAGCCGAGGGCCACAGAACCAGCAAAGUCAGUAUCAGAUGCGGAACUUCCUGACUGAAAAUCGACUGAACAUGGUCGGUGCAUUCAAACGGUACCGAGGGAUAGGUGGGGAAGUUGCUCCAGGCUCCCGUGCCGUCUUGGAGAACGUGGUAAAGUCGUACGUUGCGCUGAUGUCGAUGGCGGAUUUCAUCCAGUUCGAGGAGUCCGAUCAUGACAAGGGCCCCGUCCGACACGGCUUCUCGUGA